UGUUAGGGACUGCAGAUGGAUGCACAUUCAUUGUCAGUUUUGUCAUUUGAAAAAACAGGGACCGGAAUUGUUCUUUGCAUGGAGAAAGCCUUGGCUCAAGCUGGGCUAGCCAGAGAAGAUGUCAAUUACAUUAAUGCACAUGCUACAUCUACCCCUGCUGGUGACCUGAAGGAGUACCAAGCUCUAAUUCGUUGUUUUGGCCGAAAUCCUGAGCUGAGAGUGAACUCUACAAAAUCCAUGAUUGGUCACCUAUUAGGAGCAGCUGGUGCUGUAGAAGCUGUUGCUACAGUGCAGGCAAUAAGGACGGGGUGGGUCCAUCCAAAUAUCAAUCUCGAAAACCCUGAUGAAGGCUUGGAUAUGAAUGUGCUGGUGGGUCCCAAGAAGGAACGGCUGGACAUAAAGGUGGCACUGUCUAAUUCAUUUGGCUUCGGAGGUCACAAUUCCUGCAUCCUAUUUGCUCCCUACAAGUAACUAUGGGAAGUGUAGAGCAGGAGGUGGUGGUCCUCCAUUUGUUGCAACCGCCGUUGGUGCUGGAUUUUCAAAAACAUCGAGUCUGCGGUGAUGGUUGCUAGUAGUCUGUCUUCGCCGAACUUGGAGUAUGAGAUGGGAGCUUCCCCUUGCUUUUCCAGUAAGCUUUACAAAGUUGAACAGCCUUUCUUGGAAACUUAUUUUUUGGUUUUUGGAGGGUGGGGAGGGGGGGGGGUGGUUUGUAAAUGUUGAGUUUGGCUCUGAAAACUGACACAUCACCAAUUUGGGCAUUGAUCUAUACAGUCAAUGAUUAUAAUAGCCAACUCUGCAGUCCAACGUCCAGAAAAGAUAUAAAUGGCCUUUGAGAUUUAUUUAUUUUUUCA